GGGAAAUGAUAUUGAAAAAAAAAAAUAAUACUGAGACACUCUUAAAACAUCAGCAGGGAUAACAGCAGAAAAAUGGAGUUGGGUCUAAUAAAUCUAGACUGCUUGUUUCAAAUUCAUUUAAGUAAUUUUAUCAAUUAAUAGACAAUUUUGAUAAUGUCUUUGGCUGAUGGAGAGUAUGACAUCGAUCUAUCGGGAUUGAUAGAUGUCCCCAGCACUUCGUCCAACUCGUUUGGACAAAAUAUAGCCCUAAGGUACAACUUUAUACCUGAUUCUAUGGAUCAAUCAAAACCAUUGAGAUUAUAUCAGAAUGAUCAAAGUUGCUUGUUGAAAGCUAAAUCUACUGAUGGUGGGGAUGUGAAACCUAUUAUAUUUGAAGGAACUCCUCAGAGAGCUUCUAAUACUGUUAAUGAUUCAUAUUUCCUUACCUACACGGCUGACAAAGACAAUACAGUACAAUUAAAGAGAUUACAAACCACUUAUAGAUUAAGUAAGUCAAGAAAUGUAGCUCAGUUAUUACCCAAAAUUCAACAAUGGGAUAAAGAGUAUACUGUGGUAACACCAGUUGAAAAAACUGUCAGACCAAAAAAGACGAAGAAAAGCAUUCCAAAAUCAGUACCCAAGCCACCACCGCCACCAUCUACAAGUCUAAAAAUAGAUCAAGUGCCAAAGGUUUCAUCUAAGAGACCUCCAACCGCAAAUAGCACUCCCUUAGAGGAGCCUAUAAUAAAUGAGUCUGAUUUUGAUGAUCUUGAUGAUCAAAUACGGAUGGACGAUUCAGAUGAUAAAGAGUUGGAUUUCCCAAUCAUAAGCUUUGAUAAUAAAGAAGAAGAUAAAGUAAAGGCACCUGCAAGAAUUAGAAAGCCUUCUCCAGAGGUGGAUACUAGGCGUCGUACAGCUUCUAAGAAGCUUUCUAAGAAACCAGCAACAAAUAUGGAAAAAUCUACAUCGCUUGGUAAAGCAAAAGUUAUAGAAAAGGUUAGUAACGAUAUGGACAUGGAUGAUGAAUUCAAGGAUUUGGAAGAUCAGUUACAGGAAGUUUUAGAGGAAGAUGAUGAUGAUGAUGAUGAUGAUGGAAUCACUGUUACGCCUCCGGAUCAACUCAAACUAAAUAUAGAUAGUGAUGAAAGUGAUAUUGACGAUUUUCAGUAUGGUGGAAUAAAAAUUGAAGAUGAUACAGUAAAGCCUAAAAAGAAGAACCGGUUUAAUGUUCUUAGUAAGCCUGUUGAAGGCAGACCUACUAGUUUAAGAGACUUUGUUGGUGGUGAAAAGAACGAUGAUGAUCUUAGUGUAAGUGAGGAAGAAUAAUAGAUUCGUUUAUAAUUAAUAAUGGAUUACAUAGCAUAUUUAUAAAACGUAGCUCGAUACUAUACGAGUACAAAACACAGGUUAAUACACAUAUUAAUAUACAUUAUAAGCAUUUAACUUUAUCUA